AUGUAGAGAUCAUUCAACAACAGAACAACUAGAAUCAUCGGAAGUGACGUAUGGCAGAUGGGCGUUGUUUCUGCCACCGGAAGUCGGGCGACCGAACACUCAACCCUACCAGUUAGCGUGAGCAGUAAUGGAACAAAUACAGUGAUUUAUUUACGCAACUGCUUUAAGCCAUGGCUCAGACUGAGAAGAAAGCAGGUCUGUUGAGGAGAACAUCCUCCUCUAAGAAGCCACUGAAGGAGAAGGUGGUCCUCAUGUAUGAUGAGAUAUUUGCGAAGGACGAUCCUACUAAAAACAAUCCUCGCUUCUGGGAUGAACUGUUUUUGAUGAAGGUUAACCUUGAGUAUUUGGAAGGGAAGUUGGAGUCUCUAGAUGGAGAUGACGUGAUGAAAAUCAAAGACAACAUCAAUAGUUUGUUCCAUCACUGCGUUCAAGCGCUGGGUGAAGAACACCAGAUCAAAGUAGUCAAUGCGCUUCAGACACUUUGUGCAUUAUUUCGGGGAGUUCACCAGAAGAACAAAUCGGCUACAGGCUUUGACAUCAUCAACAUGCUGAUGGGCUUUGACAAAGCUGAGCUCAGAAUGAAGGAUUUAAUGGAGGGUUUGGAUAGCCUGCUCUGCGGUGAUGGAUCUGAGAGUCUUAAGAGUUUAUGUCUGAAACUGCUGCUGUGUUUGGUCACUGUGACAGAUAACAUUAGUCAGAACACCAUACUAGAGUAUGUGAUGAUCAACAGUAUCUUUGAGGCAAUUCUACAGAUUCUGUCCGAUGUCUCCAGUCGAGCUCAGCACGGCCAUGAUGCUGUGGUCCUGUUAGCUCUCCUGGUUAACUAUAGGAAGUAUGAGUCUGUGAACCCUUACAUUGUGAAACUGUCAAUAGUGGACGACGAGCCGACCCUGAAUGGAAUGGGAAUGGUCAUUCACCACGCACUUACGGCUUACAACAGGCAGUAUAAAGAUAAAGAAGAGGAAAACCAGGGAGGCUUUUUCUCCACCCUAACAAGCAUGGUGGGCAGUAUGUUUAUUGCUGAUGCAGAUGAAAAGCUGUCAGUACAGACGAACGAAGCCAUUCUGCUCGCACUGUAUGAGGCUGUUCAUCUCAACAGGAACUUCAUCACGGUUCUUGCACAGAGUCAUCCAGAGAUUGACAUGGCCACAAACCCUGCUACACCCGUACCAGCCUCACCCCUUACCCCGUUGGGUACCACGCCGCCCUCCCUAGACUUGAUGAAUAAUCCUGAACUUCCUCUGGACCCAAACUUGCAGACGAGUAAUCUUCUCAUAACCUUCCUCAAAUAUUCCUCCAUCGUAGUGCAGGACACCAAAGAUGAACAUAGACUCAACAGUGCUCGACUGUGCCUCAUCAUUCUGACCUGCAUAGCUGAGGACCAGUAUGCCGAUGCCUUUCUCCACGAUGACAACAUGAACUUCAGAGUCAGCUUGCACAGAAUGCCAAUGAGACACCGAAAGAAAGUAGCGGAUAAAAACAUUCCCUCUCGACCUUUAGUGUGUGCAGUGCUGGAUCUGAUGGUCGAGUUCAUCAUUACUCACAUGAUGAAGGAUUUUCCAAUGGAUCUUUAUAUGCGCUGUGUUCAGAUUAUUCACAAACUGAUCUGCUAUCAGAAGAAGUGCAGAAUUAGACUACAUUACACCUGGAACGAGCUCUGGUCAUCUCUCAUUAACCUUCUGAAGUUUCUGAUGUCUAAUGAGACCAUCCUUCUGGCAAAACACAAUAUCUUCCAGCUGGCCCUUCAGGUUGUGAACCUCUUUAACAUGUUCAUCACGUAUGGAGACACGUUUCUGCCCACGCCCAGCAGUUACGACGAACUCUAUUACGAGAUUAUUCGCAUGCAUCAGGUGUUUGACAACCUCUACUGCAUGGUGCUGAGAGUCUCCACCAACACAGGACAAUGGAAGGAGCCGGCUAGUAAAGUAACUCAUGCACUCAUCAAUGUCAGGGCAAUUAUUAACCAUUUCAACCCUAAGAUUGAGUCAUACGCUGCAGUGAAUCACAUCUCGCAGCUUUCAGAAGAUCAGGUACUGGAGGUCGUACGGUCAAACUAUGACACGUUGACGCUGAAGCUACAGGACGGUCUGGAUCAGUUCGAGCGUUACUCUGAACAGCCCAAAGAGGCGGCGUUCUUCAAAGACCUGGUACGCUCCAUCAGUCUGAACGUGAGGAAGAACGUUUCUUUAAGCACGAUGAGUCAAGAUCAUCUGCUGAAGGAAUUCUCCUCGAUAUCCUGAAGGAUAAACUCUCAACGGGAAGACUGAUACAUCUACAUAACGGCCCACACAACGGCUUCUUAACAUUACAGCAGGAUAGUACUGGAUUUGAUCCCGGACUGUAUUAAUAAUGCCGAUAUUUCUGUGUUUGGUUUUUGGGUGUGUUUGUGGUCAUGCUCAGAUCCGACUUAAGAAAGCAAUCAGCCAAACUUUGCACAAUGUGAAUUUUGAUUCAGACUAACCGGUAUUUACUCUGUUUAUUCUUUCGUUGGCGGUCUGGUGUUGUUUCUGUUGAAUUAUACUCUUAUGUGCUUCAUUGCCUUAAGACAUGAUGAAACCAGUGCUCACGUGUUUACCGCUUACUUUCAUGGUUCUACAUAUACCUCUAUGAAUGUUUGGUUUCUGGUAAAGGAUGUGUGGGUGAAAACUUGUUCGGGUCAUAUAGAAAUUAUAUUUUGCAUAUAUAAAACAAGCUUAGUUUUGGGACUGGUACAUUAUUACAUUUUGUUCAGAAUUAAAUUAAAGUAAAUAAUCAAAUUCUCAUUACCAUAAUGAAUUUUUUUUUUAUUUCUCAUUACCAUAAUGCAAUAAUGCAGUCCUUAAAAUCCAGUUCAGGUUUUUUUCAUUGUGAUAAUAAGAAUUACUAAUUACAGUGGAAAUGUAAAAAAGGCGUACUUUUUUUUU